AUGUCAAGACAACCAAUAAUAUAUAAUGUUUUUGAAUUAUCAUCAUAUGAGUUUGAUGAUGAUUAUGUAUGCCCUAUUUGUUAUGAUACAUAUUAUAAAAAAGAAGUUUAUCAAUGUAAAGAAGAAUCUUUAAUUUUUAUUAAUCAUUCCAAUCAUUCCAAUCAUUCAAAUAAACAAUUAGAGAUUCUAGAAGGAAGAUUAAUUAACUCGGUAACAUCAAAUAACCUUUCAUUAAAAAGUUUAAGAUUUACUAGACCUUUCUAUAGUUAA